AUGAAUGAUCAAGAUCGUACUUCAAUUCACGAGGCAAUGGAACAGCAAUCUAUCUCUAUUUCCAAAGCCGGUAUUGUGACCAGUUUACAAGCUCGAUGCUCAGUAAUUGCAGCAUCUAACCCUAUCGGUGGUCGAUAUGACGCUAGUAUGACCUUUGCAGAAAAUGUUGCUUUGUCAGAUCCAAUAUUAUCACGUUUUGAUAUAUUGUGUGUUGUGAGAGAUGAAUAUGAUCCAGUUCAAGAUCAACACUUAGCUAGAUUUGUGGUUGAUUCCCACAUCCGUCACCAUCCUUCUAAAAAAAACUCAGAUAAAAUUGAAGAACCUGAAAAUGAAUUACAAAUACCACAGGAAAUGUUGAAAAAAUAUUUAGUUUAUGCAAGAGAAAACAUUCAUCCGAAAUUGCAGAACAUGGAUCAGGAUAAAGUUGCUAAUAUCUACAGUCAACUGAGGCAGGAAUCUUUGGCUACUGGUAGUCUUCCUAUAACAGUACGUCACAUUGAAAGUAUGAUAAGAAUGAGUGAAGCACAUGCCAAAAUGCACCUCAGAGAAUAUGUCCAAGAAGAUGAUGUAAAUAUGGCUGUCAGAAUGGUGUUGGAAAGUUUUGUAGAAACUCAGAAGUACAGCGUUAUGAAGUCUAUGAGACAGGUAUUCCGAAGGUACCUUCUUUUCAAAAAAGAUCACAGUGAACUGCUUUUCUACAUUUUGAGACAAUUGGUUCAAGAUCAACUGACAUUCCAAAGGAGUGUGACAGAAAUGGAAACACUGACUAUUGAGAUAGAUGAAAAUGAUCUCAUCGACAAGGCCAGACAAAUAGACAUUCAUGAUUUGAAACCAUUUUAUCACAGCAGGAUAUUCGAAAGUAACAACUUUGUGUAUGAUGCCAAAAAAAAAGUUAUUCUUCAUAUUGUACCUGUAACCAUCACAACAGAGGACUAACAUCAUCAACCCAACCAUUUUAUAUCUAUAUUUUUAUACCUUUUUUUAUUUAUUUUUUUAAGAUCAAUAAACGUUAUUUUAACA